GCAACCCUGAUCUGCUCCUACUGUAAACAGCGCUUUGCGCGUCGCUGCGCUGGAGUCUAGGGGAGAGACAGGCACGGGUAACAGGCUCCUAACAACGAGGGUUUAAUAAAGUUUGGAAGUAAAGGACGAUUGUGACAGAGGCGGGAGGAUAUAACGAGGGUAACAUCAGCAAGUGGUGGCAUCCUCCCAUCUCUCCCCUAGUUCUCUCCUGCACACAGACACCGUCACCCAUUUCAAUUGUGCCUCUUCUAACAGUACCAUCAGCAUGAACUAAACCAAGUUCUCAUUACCAAAGAGUGCUAACCACAAAACGCAUUUCAUAAACACAGACAGACACAUACACACACACACACACACACACACACACACACACACACACACACCAGCAUUUCAACAUUCCAAAAGAACAAAUUCCGAAAACAGUUCAACAGAGCCAUAGGUUGUUGCAUAAACACAUCAUGGCCUCUGUCACCAAAUCCUCUAACCCCGAGAUCCCCGAUAAUCACAAGGAGAGCUGGCUGGUGCUGCUUGCUGCCGCUGAGGCUUACAGUCAGACGUCUGGUUGUGAUUUGGCCAUUCUGACCACCUAUAAGAAGUUCCGUCCUUCCGGGGUCGAGGUGGAAGGAACGAGGAAUCACGAAGGGGGUGGAACUCGGGUGCAGCAGUUUGAUUAUGCAUAUCAUGUUUGGGGACCGGGGGCCCUAGCGGAGUCGUCACUGCGAUACAUGGAUGACAUCGCAGUUCUGCACUCCACCACUGUACUGACGGCUCAGAGACACACGCGUCUGAAUGCAGAGCAAGGAGGAGCCAAACUGGGCAUGGUUGUGCCAUCUGACAGGCUGAGCUUGACUGGAGAUCGAGUCGGGACUGUUAGUCCCAACAUGAGGCUCUAUUCUCAGAGCUACCCGUCGAUCUACAGCUCGGCCGCUGCUAUUGGCCAACCAGGCAGUCAGCAUGGGAACGGAGAGUGUGACCGGGAGAAAGCGGUGAUGGAGGAAUGUGAGAAGGCAAGAGAAAGAACGGAAAUUGUGGACUUGGAGGAAGAGGAAGAGGAGGAGGAAGAGGAAGAGGAUUUGGAUGGGAGGAGACGUAACUUGAAUGAAUCGGCAGGUGUCUUUUCAAUGGAUGAGGAUUCUCUGUCCCGGGACUGCGAGCCCUUCUUCGAGUCUGACGGGGAGGAGGAGAGCACUGAUGGCUCUCUGAGUGAGGAAGCACCUCCCCCUCCGCGUGGCUUGGCCAUGGGUCACCUGGUGUCUCGCUCUUCUAACCCCAUGGCAAUGGCUUGUUCACUGCCCGUGUCUAUACCAGUGUGGGGCUACAGGAACAACCAUGCCCGUCAGGGCGACUCCCACAGUGGAGAACGGGUGGGCUGUACAGACCUGGACCACAUAGCUGCCAGUAUGAAAGCCCUGCUGGUCCCUGGAGCCACAGACGGAACGGAGAUGUUUGGAGCACUGCCACGACCUCGCCUAAACACGGGCGACUUCUCUCUCAAGCAUUGAGAGAGGACGAAUGUGUGCGUAUGUAUGUUUGAGCGUGCAUGAGAACGAGAGGGUGGGCGAACCGUGAGCUUGUGUGUGUGUGUGUGUGCGAAAGUGAUUUGAACAGAACUGGAGAGUUUGAUGGAUGUUUUUAGCGAAGACAUUGCCAAAACUGAAGCUUCUCCCACAUAUCAUUAGUAUUUCUAUGGCACUGAAAGUGGCGAAACCUUUACCAGCCCUUCACGUCCGCAGCAGAAGGAGGAGAGAGUUGAUUCGCAUGUCUUAAUUUGAGAAUUUCUUUUGGCUUUGACCGAAUGGUUGUGGCAGACUUUAGUUACGUAGUGCAUUUCAUUGAGUAACACUAACAGAGCAAACGUACAUCAUUACGUUACUAAUCAUACCCAGUGACCGUCCUCUGCAGUGUGGGAUUUACUGAUAGUAUAUGAGCCUAUUUACAUGCUGAGAUACUCACACAUCCAUCACUGGAGGAGCAUUGUACAUUAGUAGACACUACAUGUACUUGGAUAUAUAGACUGCUGUGUUCAGAUGUGAAUUCAGUAGUGUAUAUUCCAUGGCAAUUGACAAAGCUGACUAGAUGUUAAUGUGAAUGCUUGCAAAUGUCACUCUCUGCCUGUGUGCACUCACUUUUAUUUCAGAUACUGUCCUGAAGACUUUCUAAAUCAAUGCUUUGUAAAGCAAUGAAUACAGUGAAAGGACAAAACGUUUCGGAAACACGAAUGUGUGGGACUUUUCACCCACAAAUGACAAGUGCUUCUGCAUUAUAACGAAUUAAUGUGCUGAUAACUGAUACAAAUGCAGAAAUACGAAUUGUUGAUUAGUAUGGUAACUCAAAACUCGAAAAUCUUGAAAAUCAAAUAUGAGGGUUUACAACACUACAGAUGUCAACCAGCUAUGUGUUCAUCAUCUUAAACAUUUCACAACUGUUCAAUGUUUAAGUAAAUGCGUUCUGAAUAAACAAGUUGUUUGUU